GGAAUGAACGGUACCAACGACAACAGCUGCCACAGAAAAACCACAUAAAAAGCCCUUACAAUCCAGUAUCCCAUUGAAUACGGUUUUCGUGCGAAGCCUUCAUAUACGGACGGACACGACAGUAAAUCAUGUGGAAGGCUCUACUCCUCCUCGCCUAUCUGGCCCUCAGUUGCCAAACGGUAGCGGCUGGUUCGUGGGGUACUACCACCUCGAAACCGGCUACGACGAGGUUCGUGCGCAGUGGUACCAAGAAUUUAGUGGCAAUCACUUACCUGGUGGCUGUAAAUGCUGUGUUUGCUGCCGUGUCUACUCCAUCCUGUGCACCAUCCUGUACUUGGUCGGGCCAUUGUUGGAAUGAUGUAUGCACCACUUGGGAUGAUUGCGAUGGGGAUAUGAUUUGUAUAAAUGGACGAUGCGGUACAAAUAAUUGCCCACCGUCAAUCAGCACCGCUGCCCCGGUACCUACUGGUUCUCCCGGGUCAUUUGGCUCGAACACCACGACAACUGUGCAACGGGUGCUCAUCUUGACUACCACUACCGCGGACGUUGAAGCCCCAAAGACCACAUUGAACUCUUAUGGAAUUCCCUAUACAAUCUUGCCCAUUCCCCAGGCUGGAUACCCCGGAUUGCUCCCUCUAGAGGAUGCCCAGGGCAAUGCGCUAUUCUCUUUGCUGAUUAUUCAGCCAGGUCAAGUGCAAUACGACUAUUCCGGAGUAUGGAGGUCCGCCUUGACAGAUGCGCAAUGGACGCAAAUCAAAAGUUUUGAGAUUAAACACCGAGUGCGCCGGAUCACUCUGGAUGACUCCCCAGUCCCAGAGCAUGGUGUAGUCAUAGCCAAUCCCACGGUCUUCGGAUGCUGUAACGCCGGAGUGACCCAAAACUUAAAAAUCAAACUGAAUCCAGAAUUGGUGAAAUCCGGUGUCGUGGACGGAGCAUCAGUGGCGACCACUGGUCUCUUUCACUACCCUGUGACUGUGACAAAUACCGCUACAACGACGGCAUUUGCACUGCUCGACCCCAGCUCUGACCAAAGUUUCCCUACACAAACUGCUGUUGGCGUGAUCAUAAAUUACCCCGAUGGACGGCAGCAAAUGGCUUUCUACAUGGCAUUUGGAUGGUGGUCCACGACAUCAAUGUGGCUUGGUCACAUAUAUGUAUCUUGGGGAAGUCGCCAACUAUAUCAAGGAUUUCGGCGUAUUUACUUGUCCUUGCAGGUGGACGAUCUCUUCCUUUCUACCCAAGUUUCUACCACCCUCGACUAUCGCUUGACUACAGCUGACGUUAGUGGAGUUAUUGCAUGGCAAAACAACAUUAACACCCGGCUCCCUGCUGGUUCAAAGUUGAAGCUUCUUCUCGGGUACAAUGGCAAUGGUGUGGUGGCACUGGUUGCCCCGAAUCUGGACCCAGAUCUCCCAGAGUCAGAACCGAACUAUGCAUUGAUUAAACCACUUGGCACGGGUACCAACCGUUGGCCUGCAAACGCAGCAACUUUCAAAACUUUCACGGAUGCAAUGAUGCGAAAAGAUGCUCUAUACACCAACAUGCUCAAGACUACCAGUAUCAGAGAUGCUUUCUUCUGGUGUAGUCACACUUACACUCACGAGGGCCUUGAUGAUGCAACUCGUUACGAUGUUGAUAACGAACUCUCGUUCAACAUCCAGUUUGCAAAACUCUCUGGCCUUUACACUGCAGCCGUUCACUCCAGCAAGUCAAUGAUCACUCCCAUGAUCACCGGUUUGCACAACGGCGACGCCCUAGCAUCCCUUGUUGCCAACGGUAUUACGUCUGUGGUCGGAGAUACCACUCGCACAGAUUGCACAAAUCAGACCUACCCGUACCACCCAUGGAUUAGUACAACGGCUAGCUCAAACUAUAACGGCUACACAGUCAUCCCACGCCAGGCCACUGUGAUCUACUUCAACUGCAGCACUCCGGCGCAAGACAUUGUCUUGUACAAUAACAUGUACCAGGCGGUUCAAGGUGUAAAAGACUGGAACUAUCUGCUAUAUGACUAUGAGACGGAGCGCGUGGUUGCUCUGCUCAUGCAGCUCAGGCAUGAUGGAUACAUGUUUCACCAGGCAAAUCUGCGGAACGCAGAUCUCCCCGCCGUCACUAUGAAAUAUGGUGGACAAACCGGCAAGUUCGGCUUGCUGCAACAAUGGACUGAAAGCGUCAUUGGUCGCUUCAUGCAGCUUGUGAGAUGGCCGAUCAUCUCACCCCACAUGGAUGAUCACACAACUGCCUUCUUGGACCGUGUAAAACGCGAUGCUUGCAACGCUGCAGUUACUUUAACCAAGAAUGCGACCCACUUACUUGGCUUUUCCGUCCGAGCUGCUGGAUCUUGCACGGUGCCAGUGAGCGUCCCGGGACCAGUAGCAAAAGAUUCCAGCAAUGCAGACUGUAAGUUUGAGCAGCUGGGUAUUGAUCCGCUCACAGUCUGGGUUCCAGUAGCUGCCAAUGCUGCGGCACGGACAUUUGCGUUUGCUCCCGCUGUCAAAAUGUAGCUGCCUCAGACCUAGAGCUGACAUCUUAAAUAUAAGACAUUGAGUUGCUGAGAGUACAUUGCCC